AUGAUUUACACUGCAAUUGACAAUUUCUACCUAACAGACGAGCAGAUAAAGAACUCACCUUCCAGGAAAGAUGGGAUAGAUGAAACAACCGAGACCACACUUAAAAUCUAUGGAUGUGAUCUCAUCCAGGAGGCUGGAAUAUUGCUCAGACUACCCCAGGCAGUUAUGGCUACUGGGCAGGUUCUUUUCCACCGAUUCUAUUGCAAGAAGUCUCUUGCCAAAUUUGAUGUAAAGAUAGUUGCUGCGAGCUGUGUCUGGCUUGCAUCAAAACUGGAAGAGAACCCUAAGAAAGCAAGGCAGGUCAUCAUUGUAUUCCACAGGAUGGAGUGCCGCAGGGAGAACUUACCGGUUGAUCAUCUGGAUUUGUAUUCCAAGAAGUUCUCUGAGCUGAAAGUUGACUUAAGCAGAACUGAGAGACAUAUACUGAAAGAGAUGGGUUUUGUUUGUCAUGUUGAACAUCCUCACAAGUUCAUAUCAAACUACCUUGCCACACUUGAAACACCUCCGGAACUGAGGCAAGAAGCUUGGAACUUGGCAAAUGAUAGUCUGCGUACAAGCCUUUGUGUAAGGUUCAGAAGUGAGGUUGUGGCUUGUGGGGUCGUGUAUGCUGCUGCCCGGAGGUUUCAAGUACCUCUCCCGGAGAAUCCACCCUGGUGGAAAGCAUUUGACGCAGAUAAAUCUAGCAUUGACGAAGUUUGUAGAGUUCUUGCUCAUCUCUAUAGUCUUCCAAAGGCUCAGUACAUCUCCGUUUGCAAAGAUGGGAAACCAUUUACAUUUUCCAGCAGAUCCGGGAUUUCUCAAGCCCAAUCAGCUUCAAAGGAUGUGUCACCGGCAGUUGGGUAUGGUGUUGAUACCAAGUGUACUCCCGGAGCAGCUAACAACGAGGCUAAGGAUGGAAUGAUUACUACUACGCCUCAUGAAAAGGCUGCGGAUUCUAAGAAGAGCGAUACUGAGUCAAACAGUCAGGUAACUGUAGGAGACGUAAGGGAGGAGAAAAGCAAAGUAGGAGAGAGGGAAAGAGAGAGUGAUAGAGACAAGGAACGAGGUAGAGAGAGGGAUAGGGUUAGGUCUCACAGAGACAGAGGAAGAGAUUCUGACAAGGAGAGUGAUAGGGAGAGAGACAAGCUGAAAGAUCGGAGCCAUCAUCGGUCAAGAGAUAGACUGAAGGAUUCAGGUGGGUCGUCGGAUAAAUCAAGACAUUACUCUUCUCGGGAUCGUGACUAUCGUGAACCGUCGCACUCGUCGAAAGACCGUCGUAGGCACCAUUAA